CAAUUUUUGGCCGGAAUAUUGAAUGGUACCGCCGGAUUCAACAUUUAAACGUAGUUGAGGUACUGUUUUGCUUCAUUAAAGAGUUACGGUACUAAAAUGCAACAUUACCGAUAGUUGAGGUACUGUUUAUGCAUUUUAGUCGAGGAAGGAGUUAAUUGGUUUUAUGAUGCUUUGUGUCGUUUUCACGCUGGGAAUUACUGGAGAAUUACUAGGUAUGAAACGUCUAGAUAACUUGCCCUUUCUUUUGAGGAAUACAGGUUUGGGAGAUUUGUUCGUUUGGUGGUGGUUGAAAAUGGGGGUAGUACUACCUUUAUUACACCAGAAGGUAGGAAAAGAUUUGGUUUUUGUCUGUUUAGCUCUGCUUUGUUAAAUCAAAUUGAUCUUUUCAAGAAAGUGAAAAUGGGGACAUCGGAAAAUGGCGUGGAUCAAGAAAUGGUGGAGGAUCACGGGGUUGUUUGUUCACAUUCAAAGUUUGAGGAUUCUGUGAUUGUGGAGUCUAUCUCCUCUCACAUAUUCCAAGAAGACUUAUUUUUGAAUGGAUAUCUUUCUUCUCCUAUUGGGCUUAUCUCUUCUAGUGAGACUAAAUACAUGAAUAGGGAUAUUGUCAUUUUGAAGGACGACGAUCUUGAGGGUAUGUUCAAGAAAUCCGGGGAAGAGAGGAGUAAUGUUGAGGAAAUCAUGCAAGUUACACCUAUUCAAGUCUCGUUUCCCGAGCAAAGCCAACAUAAAGCAAUCAAGGGUGGUUCUCAAUUGGGUUUUGAAGAUGCUUCAGAUGGGGAGCCUUCGGAAUAUGAUUCAGAUCAAGAGUUGUUUGCCCCAACUAUAAAAAGGCUUCUCAUAUUAGAAGAAGCACUCGACUCAGGGGCGGACCCAGGAAAUUGAUAUUGAGGGGGCGGUAAUUUAAAAAAAAAAUCUAGGCACUUAUUAUUAUAAGUUAUAACCUUAAUAUAAUAGUAAUUAAAUGAAGUAUUAAACCAUAAGCAAAAAUUAGAAGAAGAGACAAAUAUAUUAUUACACAAUAAUAAAGUUAGUACCUUAGAGUUGUGCCCGACGCUCCUUCAAUGAGAUAAAUUCCUCAAUCACGGCCUUUGAGUCAAAACUUUUAGCAAUUUCUCUUUCAAUAUAAACAACAAGGUUGUCUGCAAGAUACUCAUCCUCCAUUUUAUUGUAAAGCCUUGUUUUUAUAAUUUGCAUUGCUGAAAAAGCCCUUUCU